AUGAAUGUCCCACCGGUUAUAUCCAAAGGUAACACGAAUGGUGGUGGUAGAGGACAUCGGACAUGCCAGCUAGCAGUCCGCGUCCUCCAAGGGCGUUGGUUCUCCCUUUUCGCCUCAUUUAUAGUCAUGGCUGGUGCCGGUGCAACUUAUCUCUUUGGGAUAUACUCCAAAGACAUCAAAACCACCCUUCACUAUGACCAAACCACCCUCAACCUUAUUGGCUUUUUCAAAGACUUAGGUGCCAAUAUUGGUGUCAUUUCAGGCCUCAUUGCAGAAAUAGCCCCAACAUGGUGUCUCCUUCUCAUCGGUGCAACGGUAAACUUCACGGGUUACUUCAUGAUAUGGCUUGCUAUCACCCAUCGUAUCCAUGAACCACGAGUAUGGCACAUCUGUAUGUAUAUGUGUAUCGCGGCCAAUGCUCAAAACUUUGAAAACACAGGUGUUCUUGUGACAACCAUUAGAAAUUUCCCGAAAAAUAGAGGGGCUUUAUUGGGCUUGUUGAAAGGGUUCACUGGGUUAAGUGGUGCCAUUAUGGCCCAAAUAUAUUUUGCCGUGUAUGGUGAUGAUUCAAAGGCUCUUAUUCUUCUUAUAGCUUGGCUUCCAGCGGCUAUUUCGGUUGUUUUUGUAUAUACUAUCAGGGAGAUAGAUGGUGUGAAAGAAAAGGAAACUAAUGAGCUAAAGGUUUUUUAUCAUUUCUUGUUUGUGUCCAUUGUUCUAGCUUUGUUCAUCAUGGCUAUGACCAUAGCUCAAAAGAUGGUACCUUUUUCACGGGCUGGUUACGCGGCUAGCUCUUCGGUCGUGUGUGUUCUCCUCCUUGCACCUCUCUUUAUAUCAAUCAAACAAGAACUAACCAUUUUGAAGAAAACUAACCAAGAAGAGAUUGAAGUUUGUGAAGUCAAAGUAGAGAACUUGGAACUUGCUCAAGAACCAUCAAUGAAUACUUUCACAGCACAACCAAAACAAAAACCAAAAUCUUCUUGUUUUAGAAACAUUUUCUUGAAUAAACCCGAAAGAGGUGAAAACUAUUCAAUUCUACAAGCGUUGUUAAGUACGGAUAUGUUGAUUCUCUACAUAACAACAUUUUGUGGGCUUGGAACGAGCUUCACAGCGGUCGACAACCUAGGACAAAUCGGGGAAUCGCUAGGGUACCCUAGAAAAUCAGUAAGUACAUUCGUGUCACUUCUAAGUAUUUGGAACUUUUUCGGAAGGAUCUCUUCAGGGUUUGUCUCGGAACAUCUAUUAGCUAAAUUUAAAUUCCCUAGACCUCUUAUGAUGACACUAGUACUAUUUCUUUCAUGCAUCGGUCACAUGUUGAUUGCAUUUCCAUUUCCGGGGUCUAUUUAUAUCGCGUCUAUAAUCAUUGGGUUCUCAUUUGGUGCACAAUUGCCGUUACUCUUUGCUAUAGUUUCUGAGCUAUUCGGGCUCAAGCAUUUUACCACAUUGUUCAAUUGUGCACAAUUGGGAAUCCCACUUGGCUCGUACAUUUUAAAUGUGAAAAUUACUGGCCCGAUGUACGAUAAGGAAGCCUUAAAAGUAUUGAAACGUAGUGGUUUGGAUCGAUUGGUCGCAACGGAGUUGGUGUGUAUCGGUAAACAAUGUUAUAGGCGAUCAUUUAUGGUGUUGGCUGGUGUUUGUUGCUUUGGAGCUUUGGCUACACUUGUGUUGGUGGCUAGAACAAGAGAGUUUUACAAAGGUGAUAUUUAUAGCAAGUUCAAAGAGCAAAGAGAGUUGGAAAAGUCUUAA